AUGGGAAGCAUGGACCUUGGUGACAACUGGAAGCUGGAUGAAAUCAACUGGCUGGCUCACAGUGGUAUUUUUCACUUUGCUAGUGACAGAGGAGACAAUGAGAUUUCCGAAGGCGCACCAGCUCCAUUCAGACUGGAUCAGUUGGUUGAGGACCCUCUUUGCAACUUCUACCCUUCAAACUUCCUUGGGAUCUCAGAGGUGGAAAUGAGAGGUUCAGAGGAUGUUGCAGCUGGAACAGUAUUACGGCGAUUGAUCCAGGAGCAGCUGAGGUAUGGCAAUCCAAAUGAGAACAUGAAUCUGCUGGCAAUUCAGCACCAGGCCACAGGGAGCGCAGGACCAUCCAACAGCACUACAAGCACACUUUCUUCCACAGAAAACCUCACACAAGAAGACCCACAAAUGCUCCAGCAGUCAGCACGCCAGGAACCUCAGGGGCAAGAACAUCAGGUGGACAAUACUGUGAUGGAGAAACAGUCCAGGGCCACACAGCCUCAUCAGAACAAUGAAGAACUACCAACUUAUGAGGAGGCGAAGGCCCAGUCCCAGUUUUUUAGGGGCCAGCAGCCAGGUGCUGUUGGCCCAAGUUUUUACAUUGCUGGAGUGUCCAGUCAGAAAUCGAGAACGGAAGGGAGACCAACUGUGAAUCGGGCCAACAGUGGGCAGGCUCAUAAAGAUGAAGCACUUAAAGAACUUAAGCAGGGUCAUGUCCGAUCUCUAAGCGAGAGGAUAAUGCAGCUGUCCUUGGAGAGAAAUGGUGCUAAGCAACACCCUCCUACCUCAGGGAGUAACAAAGGCUUCAAAACUGGAGGACCCCCACCCACUCAGCCUUCUGGCAAAGGAAUGGAUCCCAGAGGUCCCCCGCCCGAGUACCCCUACAAAGCCAAGCAGGUGGUGUCACCAGUCAGCAAGACUCAGGAACACGGGUUGUUUUAUAAUGACCAGCACUCGGGGAUGAUGCAGAUUCUCAAACCCUCCUACCCUGCUCCGCUGCCAGCAAGAACGGAAGGAGCAGUUGUCAGAUACCAGCCUCCCCCAGAAUAUGGUGUGACAAGCCGACAAUGUCAACCUGCUUUUCCAUCGGUGCCGGUACAGCAGCACAGUCCAAUGUCCUCCCAGGCCUCCUCCAUUACUGGCCCACUGCACUCAGCAACCUUGCCACCGCUCCCAUCAGCUGUAACUGCCCAGCCUCCACCUGCGACUCCACCAAGCCAGCAGCUCACGCCUGAUGCAUAUGCCAUUGUGGAGCGAGCGCAGCAAAUGGUGGAGAUGCUGUCGGAGGAGAAUCAUGUUCUGCGGCAGGAGCUGGAGGGAUACUAUGAGAAGGCAGACAAACUUCAGAAGUUUGAAAUAGAAAUUCAGAGGAUUUCAGAAGCCUAUGAGGGCCUGGUCAAGACCACCACUAAGAGAGAGUCUCUGGACAAGGCUAUGAGAAACAAGCUUGAAGGAGAAAUUAGGAGACUUCACGAUUUCAACAGGGAUCUCCGUGACCGACUGGAGACUGCCAAUAGGCAGCUAGCCAGCAGAGAAUUUGAUGGGCAUGAAGAUAAGGCAACAGAGGGCUUUUAUGCCUCUCAGAACAAAGAGCACUUGAAGGAGAGGGAGAAGCUGGAAAUGGAAUUGGCAGCCGUGCGCUCUGCCAGUGAGGAUCAGCGGAGACACAUCGAAAUCCUGGACCAGGCACUGAACAAUGCUCAAGCCAAGGUCAUCAAACUGGAAGAGGAGUUGCGUAAGAAGCAGGCCUAUGUCGAGAAAGUGGAGAAGCUGCAGCAGGCUCUGACCCAGCUCCAGGCAGCAUGUGAGAAACGGGAGCAGAUGGAACGGCGAUUGCGCACGCGGCUGGAGCGGGAGCUGGAUUCGCUGAGGAUGCAGCAGAGACAGGGGAACUACCAGGCCGAAAGCCUGCCAGAACACAAUGCCCCAGCACUGAUGGAGCUAGUGCGGGAAAAGGAGGAGAGGAUUCUGGCUCUUGAAGCUGACAUGACCAAGUGGGAGCAGAAGUAUCUAGAGGAGAGCACAAUCAGGCACUUUGCCAUGAAUGCAGCAGCCACAGCUGCAACAGAAAGGGAUACCUCAGUCAUUAACCACUCGCGGAAUGGCAGCUACAAUGAGAAUUCCCUGGAGGUUCGAAUAUGGCAGGAAGAGGAGGAGAUUGUUCAAGCCAACCGGAGGUGUCAGGACAUGGAAUACACGAUAAAGAAUCUGCAUGCGAAAAUAAUUGAGAAAGAUGCCAUGAUCAAGGUCCUUCAGCAGCGUUUGCGGAAGGAUGCUGGGAAAACAGACAGCACAAGUUUACGGCCUGCUCGAUCGGUCCCGUCCAUCGCUGCAGCAACGGGUGCGCAUUCCCGCCAGACCUCUCUCACCAGCAAUCAGAUAGUUGAGGAAAAGAAGGAGGAGAAGACCUGGAAAGGAAGCAUAGGGUUGCUGUUAGGGAAGGAUCAUCACGACCAUUCAUCAAUCCCUGCACUGCCUCCCUUACCUCCCUCUUUGUCCUGCGCAGCCUCCUCCUUGCCAGUCAGCGCCUCCCAUGCUAAAACAGGCAGCAAAGACAGCAGCACUCAGACUGACAAAAGCUCUGAGCUUUUCUGGCCAAACACUGCCUCUUUCCCAGGCAGGGGAAGGCUAAGCACCACCCCUUCUAACAGCCCUGCCCUGAGACACACAGGAGCCAAAGGCGCUAGAGAUAAACUGGAGAACUCCCCCAGCCAUGGGAAGCUGUCGGAUAGCAAAGGCCGAGUAAGCAGUUUGGUCCACAAGCCUGAAUUUCCUGAUGCCGACAUGAUGGAAGUCCUCAUCUGA